AUGUCAAGAGAGAUCAAUGAUGAACACGAAAGAUUGCUGAACAAAGAGAAUUUGUUCGAUUCGAAUUCAUCACGUCUCGAAUGGUGUGAAGCCCGUUGGAAUCGUUGUUUUCAUUUAUUAUUCUGGUGGUGGAUUAACCCUAUUCUGUCAAUUGGUUCGAAACAAUUGUUAACACUCGAUGAUCUCGAUCAUUUACCUUUCUAUGACAAAAGUUCACAUUUAUUAACUCGAUUUCAAUCGUAUAAUUGGAAAAACUUCUCCAUAAUAAAAAUUUUAGUCAAAGAAUUCGGGAGAGAAUAUUUCAUUGCUGGUUUAUUGCAUGUUCCAUCAUUAUUUUUACAAAUAAGUUUACCAUUACUCAUUCGACAGAUCGUUCACGAUGUUUUAAAUCGUGAUCAAUCAUCAUUUCACAUCUAUUUCUAUGCAAUUCUCUUAUUUAUUUGUUCAUUUACCAGUUCAAUAUGUUAUCGUCAAGCUGAUUUUCAUUCUCUUCGUAUUGGAAUGCGAAUACGUCAUGGAUUUAUGUCGUUUAUUUACAAGAAAUCUUUAGAAAUCAAAUCGAUCACUUGGCAACGAAUGAAUCUCGGUUAUAUGAUCAAUUUAAUCGCCAAUGAUACACAAAAAUUAGAAGAUGCAUUUACUUAUGGACAUAAAAUUUGGGAAGGACUUGUAGGAUCAUUGAUUAUUUUUAUUAUUCUUUCGUCAAUUAUGGAACCCAUUCCGAUUUUAAUUGGAUAUUCGGUUAUUGUUCUCAUUGUUUUCAUUCAAUUGAUUAUUGCUUAUGUUUUAGGGAAAUAUCGAAUAAAAACAUCAUUUUAUAGUGAUAAACGUGUGAAUUCAUUGAAUGAAAUGAUUUCUGGAUGUGAUGUAAUUAAAAUGAAUAAUUGGGAAGAAUUAAUGGAGAAACAAAUUAUUGAAUUACGUGAAAAAGAACUUUCGUAUAUUCGAAGAUCUUCGUAUUGUCGUGCUUUGUCAAUUAGUCUAUUUUGCGUUUCUUCAUCACUCUUAGCAUUUGUUACGUUCAGUAGUGCGUGGUUAUUUGAUUAUUCAUUGAAUACUAUUGAUACAUUUAUUGCUUUAGCGUAUUUUUCGUUCAUUCGAGAUACUUUUAUGCAUUAUUUUUCAUUUACUCUCGAGAAAAUCAUCGAAGCAAAGUUCGCAUUCACUCGAAUUUCUUCGUUUUUACGAUUAAUUUAUGAACAAGAUGAUAAAUAUUCUUUCACAACGGUACAAUCAGAGGAGAAAGGGAAGAUUACAAUGAAAAAUGCGAGUUUUUCUUGGAAUUCGAAUAAAAUUUGUUUAUCUUCAUUAAACGUUUCAAUUGCAGCAGGAAGUUUCGUUGGAAUAUUUGGUCAAGUUGGAUCUGGCAAAUCUUCAUUUCUCGCUGCUAUUCUUGCCGAAAUGAAUCUCAUCGAAGGUGAAAUUGACACAAAUCAAAGUUCAUUUUCAUAUGUUUCUCAAUCUCCAUGGAUAUUUGUCGAUACUUUAAGGAACAAUAUUCUUCUAAAUGAAAUCUAUGACGAUCAACGAUACCAAGAGAUUAUUUAUGCAUGUUGUCUUGACGUGGAUUUUCAUUUAUUGGGAACACGUGGAGAUUUAACAAUGAUUGGUGAAAAAGGAAUGAAUCUAAGUGGAGGACAAAAAGCACGAGUAGCUUUAGCGCGUGCUUUGUAUAAAAAAGCGGAUAUUUAUUUAUUUGAUGAUCCAUUAGCUGCUGUUGAUCGAACUGUGGCAAAAUUAAUUUAUGAAAGAUGUUUUGGUUCGAACGGAUUGUUAAAAACAAAAACUCGUUUGUUAGUGACACAUCAACUAGAAUUUCUUCAAGAGACGAAUCAAAUUAUUUAUCUUUUUAAUGGUUUUCAAAAAGAAUUCAACGAAAAUUUUGUAAACGAAGAUCGAAAUACUCAAGAAGAAGAUUCAUUCAUAAAAACAAUGUUAUGUAAAGAAAUUGGUUCUAUUGAUCCUUCUCCAAUCAUCUGUGAUGAAAAACCAACUGAAAUAUAUUCCAAUUGGUCGCUUUGGAAUCGAUUAUUCACUGCACCACCAUGUGGAUUAUCUGGUUUUUGUCUUUUUAUUCUUUUAUUUCUAUUCAGCGAAAUUUUAUUCGAUGGAACAAAUUAUUGGAUUGGACAAACAUUAAGACAAAUCAAUCGAGAAGAGAUUCAUCCAAUUAGUUUCUUUUAUAAAUAUUCCAUUUUAACGAUAAGUCUUCUAGGAACGAAUUUACUUUCGAUAAAUCUUUUUUUUCAUAUAUUUUUAAAUGGAACACAUUGUUUUCAUAAUCGAAUGAUUAAAGGUUUAUUAUGUACAUCAAUGGAAUUCUAUGAAAGUAAUCCAAUUGGAAGAAAUCUCAGUCGCGUGAGUAAAGAUCAACAAAUCAUUGAUGAAUUCUUACCACGUUCAUUCAUCUUUGGUUUAUCAACAUUAUCAACAUUAUUUGGUUCAUUUGUAAUGAUAACUUUGACAAAUCCUUAUAUGAUUAUUUUAUUUCUCAUUUUAAUUCCAAUUUUUAUAUAUUUUGCUCAUUUGUUUCGAAUAACAAAUCGACAAUUAAAACAAUUGGAAAGUUUAACUCGCGCUCCAUUUUACAGUCUUUACUCCUCAUCAUUGAAUGGUCUUAUUCCAAUUCGUGUUUUUCAAGUUGAAGAACAUUUUGUUCGAUUAUUUACACAAUUCUUAGAUGUGAAUAUCAAAACACAAUUAAAUAUCGAAAGUGCAGGUCAAUGGUGUUAUUUACGAUUAGAAUUCUUAGCAAGUUUGAUUUUAUUCGGUACUGCUCUGUUUAUCAUUUAUUUUCAUAAACAAUUUGAAUCAUCGAUGAUUACAUUUACAUUAGUUUAUGCAAUGAUUGCCGCGUAUCGUCCACAACGAAGUAUUCGAAGAUUAGUCGAAACAGAUUUGUUUCAAACGAGUGCAGAACGUAUUGAUGAAUAUGGACAACUUUUGAAUGAAGAAGAUUAUGGAGGAAAACAACAAUUAGUUCAAACGUUGUUCACAUGGCCUGAACAGGGAAAAAUUCAAUUUGAUCGAUUUUCGUUUCGAUAUCGAUCGAGUGUUGAGCCAGUUCUGAAAAAUAUUCAUGUCGAAAUUAAUCCGAGAGAAAAAAUUGGAAUCAUUGGACGAACGGGCGCAGGAAAAUCAUCACUUUUCAAGAGUUUAUUUCGCUUUCCGAAUCGUUCGUAUAUCGAAGGAGAAAUUCGCAUCGAUGAUGUUGAUAUUAGUCGAAUAACACUUGAUCAACUUCGAUCGAAUCUGAGUAUUAUUCCUCAACAAUCAAUUUUAUUCAGCGGAACGUUAAGAUACAAUCUCGAUCCAUUUAAUCAACAUUCGGAUGAAGAAUGUUGGACGGUUUUAGAAGAUGUUCAACUAAAAGAAUUUGUUAAGAAAUAUUCAGCUGGUUUGCAGAUGAUGAUUAAUGAACGAGGAGAAAAUUUAAGUUUUGGACAAUGUCAAUUGAUUUGUAUUGCACGAGCGAUUUUGAGAAAAACGAAGAUUUUAUUGAUUGAUGAAGGAACAGCGAAUGUGGAUUAUGAAACUGAUCAAAUUAUUCAAAAUGUUAUUGCAACGAAGUUUUCCGAUCGAACGGUUUUGAUUAUCGCUCAUCGAUUGAAUACUGUGAGGAAUUGUGAUCAGAUUUUAGUUUUAGACAAAGGUUCAGUAAUCAAUUUUGAUAAACCGAUGAAUGUUUUAAAACAAUAUCAAUAA